CACCAUCAUCACCGACUCAAGGCACAUCAUGGCGUUCAAACUUCCAGCGCAUCUUACUUAUAAGGCUGCAAUUGCACUACUUCCGCCACCCAGCAUCACGCCUCCGAUUGAAGCUGUGCGUGCUGUUCACGACAAGAACUUCAAGAGGUGGCCGCCUCACAUCAAUCUGAUCUAUCCAUUUCUUACAUCACCACUGGAAAUCUCUAACGGCAAUGCACCUCGCCUGAAUCAAACCAUACAAUCACGACUCGAGAGAGCCACCUCUAACAUCAAAGCGUUUCAAGUUUCACUCAAUGCUGACCCACCUGGCAUGUUCACACACAGCAAGACAAGCAAAACUGUAUGGCUUGGACCCACUCCUGAUGAGAAUGUCAAGCAGCUGCAGGCCGCAUUGCAAGCCGAAUUUGCUGAAUGCGACAGCGACCAUCGGGCAUUCACACCUCAUCUUUCUGUUGGCCAGGCACGGACUGACCAAGAAGCCGAGCAGCUCAGCAAAGAGAUCAGUGAAGGCAUCUCUAGUUUUUGCCAACCCCAAGACGGUGCGGCUACGAGUUUACGCUGGCUUGUUGAUAAGGUCUAUGUUAUUGAACGGACAGGCUUCCAUGGCAGAUUUAAGGUUGUCGGCUCAGUGGACUUGACACAAGAACAACAAGCGUCUUGAAUUUGCACACUACAGAUAGGCGUCCAAUGCCCAAGCAAUCUUAGUUGUCCGCGAAGAACU